AUGUUGCCUCUGACUCCCUUCGUAACUGUGUCCUACGAAGCCAAGAAAGUGUUUCUGUUCCUUUCGGUCCUGGAGUUUGCAGUAGGGAUUCUGGCCAAUGCUUUCAUUUUCUUGGUGAACUUUCGGGAUGUGGUCAGGAGGCAGCCCCUGAGCAACUUUGAUCUUGUCCUGCUGAGUCUCAGCUUCAGCCGGCUUUUCCUGCACGGGCUGCUGUUUCUGGAUGCCAUCCAGCUCACCCACUUCCAGCAGAUGAAAGACCCGCUGAGUGUCAACUACCAGACCAUCGUCAUGCUCUGGAUGAUCACACACCAAGCUGGCCUCUGGCUCGCCACCUGCCUCAGUCUCCUGUACUGCUCCAAGAUUGUCCGUUUCUCCCACACCCUCCUGCUCCGCCUGGCAAGCUGCGUCUCCAGGAAGAUUUCCCGGCUGCUCCUGAGUACUUUCUUUUUCACCUCUGUCUGCGCUACCUUCUGCUCUUGGGAAUUUUUCACUAGGCCUCAUUUCACAGUCACAACUCUGCUCUUCAUGAAUAACAAUACAGAACUCAAUUUGCAAAGGGAAAAACUCAGCUUCUUUUAUUCCUUCCUCUUCUGCAGCCUGGGGUCCAUCCCGCCUCUCUUGUGUUUUCUGGUUUCUUCUGGGGUGCUGACUGUCUCCUUGUGGCAGCACCUGAGGACAAUGAGGGCCCACACCAGAAACUCCUGCGACCCCAGCUUGGAGGCCCACAUCAAAGCUCUCAAGUUUCUGGUCUCGUUUAUCUGCCUCUACCUGGUGGCCCAUUGUGCUGCCCUCCUCUCAGUGCCCUUACUAAUGCUGUGGCACAAUAAGCUUGGGGUCAUGGUCUGUGUAGGGAUAAUGGCAGCUUGUCCCUCGGGACAUGCAGCCACCCUGAUCUCGGGCAAUACCAAGCUGAGGAGAGCGAUGGGCACCAUUCUACUCUGGGCUCAGAGCAGCCUCAAGUUCAGGGCAGACUGCAAGGCAGAUCCCAGGACAUCAGAUCUAUGCUGA